CUUCAAGCAAUAAGACGUUUCCUCUUAAAGAAACCCAAAUUUGAGAACGGAGUUGAGGUUCAUUUAUAAGACUUAACCGUCACGCAAAACCAAAUUACAUCCUGGUGGCAUACUUAUUAAUUCGAUUUAAGGACUACUUUGUUUAAAAAGUCCUUUUGUUUUAUUAGAAUUAAUCAAAAUGAUCGAAUUGGAGGCUCGACUUUGGCUCGGAUUUUCCCUGUGAAAUCCAUGAAUGCUUAUAAUAAGCCGACUUGACACGAAAACUUUUAGGAAAUAUAAAUAGUAUUAGCAUGUGCUAGAACAGUUUCUAUAGAGUUCCAGGGAUAAUAAUGUUGCCAACUCAUUUUCCGGGACAAGCAAGUCUAGCUGGGUUCCAUAGCAUUGAUGCUCUUUUAGGAAUUCGCGAGGAAAUGCGAGAGAAUUACAGCAUGUGUUCUCACCCUGGACAAAAACACGUGCAGGGAAAUUCCAGAGUUCAGUCAACUUCAUCUGAUGCAGGAAACGACAUGAAGCUGCAAAGAAAUAUUGAAGGAAGAAAAUCCGGGAAGUUGGAAAGAAAUUCGGACCCCCGCAAGAAAACAAGGCGAAACCGCACGACGUUUACAACAUAUCAAUUACACGAGCUGGAAAGAGCGUUCGAAAAGUCGCAUUACCCGGAUGUAUACAGUCGAGAGGAACUGGCCAUGAAAAUAGAUCUCCCGGAAGUCCGAGUACAGGUGUGGUUUCAAAAUAGACGGGCUAAAUGGCGGCGUCAAGACAAGCUGGAAAAUUCAACGCUGAGGAUCAAUGAAGACUUCAGUUCUGGGCUGGUUCCACGAAAACCUCCAGGUGCCUUCGGAUCACCCUUACCUCUCGAUCCAUGGCUUACGCCGUCUAUGAAAAACGCCGAGUCAUCCAGUGUGACGUCAAUUGCGCCAGACACUUGUUUGACAUCAUACCCCAAUCUGUUUCCUUCUCCAUAUGCACAUUCUAGCAAUGGUAUGGGUAAUACAUACCGAGGAUUCACGGGAGUUUUUGGAGGCUGUCCGAAAAUAACAGACUUUGAUCCCCGAAAUUCUAGCUUAAUAGCGUGCUUAAGAAUGAAGGCAAAAGAACAUGUGCAUAGUGUUGAUAAAAAGUACUGAGAUUUGCUGUUUGCAUGGUAUUACAUGAGCAAUUCUAAAUAUGAAAUGUAUACAUCGUCAAAUUUUUUUCAAUAAAAAAAAUCAUAUUUCAUA